GGCUGCCCGGCACGGCCUCCAGGCUCCCCCGGGGAGGGACUCAUGGCCGCUCUGUCUGCAGGCACCAGCAGCAUUGAGACCCCCGUCCUUUGCCUGCUGGUCAGCGGCAGCCCCAGCGUGCUGGAGCGGAUUUCCAGGGCAGUGGAGCAGGAAACCCCGUGGCUGGUCCUGGCCGGCUCAGGAGGCAUGGCCGACGUGCUCGCUGCCCUGGUGGGCCAGCGCCAUCUCCUGGUGCCCCAGGUGGUGGAGAAGCAGUUAAGAGAGAAGUUCCCCAGCCAGACUUUCUCCUGGGAGGCCAUUGGGCACUGGACCAAGCUGCUACAGCACAUCGCAGCGUAUCCCCAGCUGCUAACCGUGUACGACUUCGAGCAGGAGGGCUCUGAGGACCUGGACACGGUGCUAUUGAAGGCGCUGGUCAAAGCCUGCAGGAGCCACAGCCAGGACGCCCGGGACUACCUGGACGAGCUCAAGCUGGCUGUGGCCUGGAACCGUGUGGACGUGGCCAAGAGCGAGAUCUUUAAUGGGGACGUGGAGUGGCAGUCCUGCCACCUGGAGGAGGUGCUGAUGGACGCGCUGGUGGGCAACAAGCCUGAGUUCGUGCGCCUCUUCGUGGACAGCGGGGCCGACGUGGGCGCCUUCCUGACCUACGGGCGGCUGCAGCAGCUGUACCGCUCCGUGUGCCCCAAGAGCUUGCUCUUCGACCUGCUGCAGCGCAAGCUAGACGAGGGCCGGCUGACGCUGGCCGGCCUGGGCACCCCUGGGGCCAGGGGCCACCCAGCUGGGCCGCCCGCCUUCUCCUUGCACGAGGUGUCCCGCUUGCUGAAAGACUUCCUGCACGACGCCUGCCGUGGCCUCUACCAGGACAGCCGGGCCACGGGCCGCAGGAGGACGGAGAGGGGACCCAGCAAGCGGCCCACGGGCCACAAGUGGCCGCUGGACCUCAGCCAGAAGAGCGAGGACCCCUGGCGGGACUUGUUCCUGUGGGCCGUGCUGCAGAACCGCCAUGAGAUGGCCACCUACUUCUGGGCCAUGGGCCAGGAGAGUGUGGCAGCUGCUCUGGUGGCCUGCAAAAUCCUCAAGGAGAUGGCUCACCUGGAGCCGGCCGCUGAGGCCGCCCGUACCCUGCAGGAGGCCAAGUACGAGCAGCUGGCUCUGGAUCUCUUCUCCGAGUGCUACAGCAACAGCGAGGAGUGCGCCUUUGCCCUGCUGGUGCGUCGGAACCGCAGCUGGAGCAGAACCACCUGCCUGCACCUGGCUGCCGAGGCCGACACCAAGGCCUUCUUUGCCCAUGAUGGCGUGCAGGCUUUCCUGACCCGCAUCUGGUGGGGGGACAUGGCAGCGGGCACACCUGUGCUGCGGCUGCUGGCCGCCUUCACCUGCCCAGUCCUCGUCUACACCAGCCUCAUCACCUUCAGCAAGGAGGCCCCACUGCGGGCAGGCCCGGAGGCUGUACAGGAGCUGGACGAGCUGGCCACUGGCAGGAGCCUCCUGGGCAGCCGGCGGGAGGAGCUGGUGCCAGCACUGGGCGGCUGGCGAGACCGGGGUCCGCAGGCUGCUUUCCUGCUCACACGCUGGCGCAAGUUCUGGGGCGCACCCGUGACCGUGUUUCUGGGCAACGUGGUCAUGUAUUUCGCCUUCCUCUUCCUGUUCGCCUACGUCCUGCUGCUGGACUUCCGGUCACCUCCAUGGGGCCCCACGGGGCCCGAGGUUGGCCUGUACUUCUGGGUCUUCACACUGGUACUGGAGGAGAUCAGGCAGGGCUUCUUCACGGACGAGGACAUGCCCCUCGUGGACAAGUUCUCGCUGUAUGUGGAGGACAAUUGGAACAAGUGUGACAUGGUGGCCAUCUUUCUGUUCGUGGUGGGCGUCACCUGCAGGGUGCUGCCCGCGCUGUUCGAGGCCGGUCGCACCGUGCUGGCCAUGGACUUCAUGGUGUUCACACUGCGGCUCAUCCACAUCUUCGCCAUUCACAAGCAGCUGGGCCCCAAGAUCAUCAUCGUGGAGCGGAUGAUGAAGGACGUCUUCUUCUUCCUCUUCUUCCUGGGCGUGUGGCUCGUGGCCUACGGCGUGGCCACCCAGGCGCUGCUGCACCCCCACGACGGGCGCCUGGAGUGGAUCUUCCGCCGUGUGCUUUACCGACCCUACCUACAGAUCUUUGGGCAGAUUCCGCUGGACGAGCUGGACGAGGCCCGUGUGAACUGCUCUGUGCACCCCUUGCUGCUGGAGAACUCGCCCUCCUGCCCCAACCUCUACGCCAACUGGCUGGUCAUCCUGUUACUGGUCACCUUUCUACUUGUUACCAACGUGCUUCUCAUGAACUUGCUCAUCGCCAUGUUCAGCUACACAUUCCAGGUGGUGCAGGGCAACGCCGACAUGUUCUGGAAGUUCCAGCGCUACAACCUCAUUGUGGAGUACCACGGCCGGCCGGCCCUGGCCCCGCCCCUCAUCCUGCUCAGCCACUUGAGCCUGGCACUGCGGAGGCUCCUGUGCAAGGAGGCAGGGCCCACGCGGGAACGCCUGGGUGAGGGCCGGGGCACUGGGGGACGCCUGGGCCCCUCACCCCAGCACUCCAGGGCCCAGCUGAGCUCACCCCUGCCUCCAGAGAGAGACCUGCCCGAGCCUCUGGACCAGAAGAUCGUCACGUGGGAGACACUGCAGAAGGAGAACCUGCUGAGUAGCCAGGAGAAGCUGCACAGGGAGAGCCAGGGCGAGGUGCUGCGCAAGACGGCCCACAGGGUGGAGCUCGUCGCCCAGUCCCUUGGGGGACUGAGGGAGCAGGAGCGGCGUCUCAGGGGUCUGGAGUCCCAGGCAAGCGGACCCUGAGAACUC